CACAGACACUGCCUGAGAUUUGAAGAUGAACAGGUAGUGAGUCAGGCAGGCAAGGCCAGGGCUCAGGAUUCAACCUCUCUCCACAGUCUUCCUGUCUGCUGGCCUAGGGGUACUCGCUCCGCCGGAGACCUAUCCGGCGCCACCGGAGACCAGUGCCAGCUGGGAGUCCCGGCUGGGGAUGCCAGUCCCCUCAGGUUCCUGCACCAUGUCCACAGAAGCCCAAGCCAUGGCAGAGCCCACCGGGCAGGGCCCCAAGAACCCACGAGUGUCCAGUGUGAUGGUGCAGCUGGAGAUGAAGCCACUGUGGGAAGAAUUCAACCAGCUGGGCACAGAGAUGAUCGUCACCAAGGCGGGCAGGCGGAUGUUCCCAACCUUCCAGGUGAAGAUCCUGGGCAUGGACACACUAGCCGACUAUGCUCUGCUCAUGGACUUCAUCCCUCUGGAUGACAAGAGAUACAGGUAUGCCUUCCACAGCUCUGCCUGGCUGGUGGCGGGCAAGGCUGACCCCGCCACGCCUGGCAGGGUGCAUUUCCACCCUGACUCCCCAGCCAAGGGCGCCCAGUGGAUGCGGCAGAUCGUGUCCUUUGACAAACUCAAGCUGACCAACAACCUGAUGGAUGACAACGGCCACAUCAUUCUCAACUCCAUGCAUCGUUAUCAGCCCCGUUUCCACGUGGUCUUCGUGGACCCGCGCAAGGACAGCGCCCGCUACGCCCAGGAAAACUUCAAGUCCUUCAUCUUCACGGAGACACAGUUCACGGCUGUGACAGCCUACCAGAACCACCGGAUCACACAGCUGAAAAUUGCCAGCAACCCCUUUGCCAAAGGCUUCAGAGAGAGUGACCCGGACACAUGGCCUGUGGCCCCACGGCCAUUGCUCAGCAUCCCAGCCCGGAGUCAUAGCAGCCUCACUCCCUGUCUGCUUAAGGGCUCUGCAGAACGAGGGAAAGCCACCAGUAAAGCUUCAGCUUCCAACUCCAGGACUCCUACUCAGUCACACCAUCAGCUGCUUCCCACCUCUGAGGUCCUGCUGGCGCCUGCCACCUACAGGCCCCUCCCUUACCAGAACCUGUAUCCUGGAGCCCCAGGCCACGUUGGCAUCCCAAGGGCUCGCCUGGCACCUUACCCUCUCCCCAGUAUCGGCACUGAUGGAGAUCAGGAAGACCCAUCCCUCCCAGCUGGGCUGGGGCUCCUGCCCUCCUCUGCUUUGUGCUUAGGGCCUAGCCAAGAUCCCCUGUGACGGCCAAGUGCCAUGGAAGCCCUUUACCCUGUGUCCCACCUCUCCCUCUCUGUCCAGACAUCGCAACUGGAAGACUGGUGGCAGGUGGUUCCUGUUUCAAAGCCAUUCUGGGGCCUGCCAGCCAUAGAAUCAGGCCUCCUACUUCCUACCCCAAAGCCCUCAAUCCUGCCUGGAAGAUGACUCCUCUAAACCUUGCUUCAAUUGUCCGUCCCCCACAUUAAACCAUUCG